AUGUUUCAAAGACAAAUAAAAGUACCUAACAGUAGUGAAGAAGUUUGUUCAAGGAGUGAACUAGUGAAAUGGAUCAACGAUCGUCUCAUUCCAUGCACGAAUCAAUCGAAAAACGUUCUCGAUCGUGCGCUAAGGGAUUUCAGCGACUUCAAACAGGUUGAUCCACUGAGCACGUGGUUUAAACAGACUUCAGAGAGUACGUCGCGUAUGCUUGAUCGCAUCCAGAAUCUAGCUAAAGAGAUGGCCAGUAUGGUUAAGUACUCGUUUCUCGUUGAGCCAGGCUCUAUCACACCACAUUUAUCGGUCCGUACUCGUUGUUGUUCUUUGUUUGGAACUUGA